CGAUGCCAUUGGCCAUUGGUUCUGGACAGAUGCAUUACAUCCGCCCUGCAGGCGAGACUGGCUAGAAAUCCGAUUCUGCUGCUUCCCUGCUCGACCACCACCAUGGCCUCCAUGAUGCGUACCAUCUUCCUCCUUGUUGCGCUCGUUGCUUGCGCGUCGGCGGCCAACUCGACCAACACGACGACGCCUGCUACCACCAGCGUCGUCAACACUGCGUGCCAGACGGCGUUCCAGACCUACUGGACGCCGCUUGCGUCGUGCCCGCUCGGGAACGCCGCCAGCUUUUGCGCCAACGCGCAGUGCGUCCAGUCGCUCUCGGCCUUUGUCGCGGGCAUUCCUGUCGAGUGCCAGGCCAUUGGCACGACCGACUCGGCCUUUGCACAGGUGACGCCCGCGACGUUUGUCAACAUGCAAAACCUUGUGCAAAUGUGCAAGUCGGGCAAGGCCGCGUCGCCGGCGUCGACCACGUCCGCUGGGAUGCUGCUCGUCGGUCUCGUCGCACUCGUGCAACUGCUCUAAGACGCGAGUAAUGUACUCCAUUGUCAUAAUGUUGUGCUGCGAGUGGGUAUCAACCCGUGCAAAAGGCUGCAAAAU